CCAUAAUGGGUGAAUAUAAUGAGAAGAAGGAGACCUGCGGCACAAUAUGUCUGAAGUACCUCCUGUUCGCCUUCAAUUUCUUUUUUUGGUUGGCAGGCUUGGCAGUAAUGGCUGUAGGGGUUUGGACCUUGAUCCAGAAGAGUGAUUAUAUCAGCUUGCUUCCUUCCAGCACUUAUGCUGCGACAGCGUACAUCUUGGUCGUUGCUGGUGCGAUUGUUAUGGUAACUGGUAUUUUGGGAUGCUGUGCGACAUUUAAGGAGAGGAAGAGCCUGCUUAAAGUGUAUUUCGUCUUGUUGCUUUGCAUUUUCAUUUUGGAGAUACUUGCAGGAAUCCUGGCCUACAUAUACUACCAGCAGAUUAACGCAGAGCUCAAACAGAGCCUAAAGGACACAAUGACCUUGAAGUACAAACAGCCAGGUCAGGAGAAGGUGACCAGUGCAGUCGACCAACUGCAACAGGAGUUUAAAUGUUGCGGCAGUAAUAAUUCCAAAGAUUGGGAAGACAGCGUUUGGAUAAAAUCUCCUGAAUCGAGGAACCGAGUAGUUCCAGAUAGCUGCUGCAAGACUCCUACUGACGCGUGUGGUGUCCGUGACCAUCCCUCAAAUAUAUACAAAGUGGAGGGUGGCUGCAUAACAAAACUUGAAGCCUUUAUCCGGUCUCACCUGUUAAUCAUUGGGGCUGUGGGCCUUGGUAUUGCCAGUGUACAGCUUUUUGGAAUGAUAUUCACCUGCUGUCUGUACAGAAGUCUAAAGUCUGAGCCGUACUGAAGCAGCAAAUUAUUUUUGCGCUGUCUCUGCUGGCCACACAUCCCUGAUGCCUUAACAUGCCAUUGGUACUCAGACUCAUUAAAUCUCACCAUUUCACCAAAUCAAGACAUUACCCUGCAACAUUUCACCAGAUCUAGCUGUCAACUUCGGAGUUUGUCUGGAUCACCUUUUCAUAUUGUGAAGUUAUCAACCUGCCAAGGUGCCUUUGUACCAAGCUUCUACAAGUUUACCAAACCGCCAUCAAAAUGACUGCAACAAAUACCCAA